AUGGAGUCUAUAAAGCUGCCCGAGUUUAAGACCACGCCGGUCGACGAAAUCCCUGCAAUUGUGUCCCGCCUGCGCCAAACGUUCUACUCACAGAAAACUCGUCCUGCAGAGUUCAGAAUCAAACAACUACGCAAGCUGUACUGGGCAAUUGAAGACCACAAAGAAGAGCUGGUGGAAGCAUGUCGCCGCGAUAUGAACAAGGGCCACUUCGAAGCCAUGGCGGGAGAAGUCAAUUGGGUACAAAACGAUAUUGUCUUCCAGACCCAGAACCUAGAGAAAUGGAUGAAGGAUGAAAAGCCCCCCGACAUUGCUCUUACCAACCGGCUGGUGAGCCCCAGGAUACGCAAGGAUCCCUUAGGUGUUGUGCUUGUCAUUGGUGCCUUCAAUUUUCCAGUGAACCUAUCAUUUGGACCCAUGGUUGGUGCUAUCUCUGCGGGAAACACAGUAGUCUUGAAGCCAUCCGAGAGCUCUCCCAACUCUGCUGCCGUUAUGCAAAAGAUCAUGGAAGAGUCUCUCGAUCCGGAUUGCUACGCCUGCGUUCAAGGAGCCGUUCCCGAGACUUCGGCAUUACUAGAUCAGAAAUGGGAUAAGAUCUUCUUUACGGGGUCGUCAAGAACCGCUAGAAUCAUUGCCCAAGCAGCAGCGAAGAAUCUCACCCCGAUCGCUCUGGAACUAGGAGGCAAGAAUCCGUCAUUCGUGACCAAGAAAGCAGAUCCACGCCUGGCCGCUCGCCGGCUACUGUGGGCGAAGACAAUGAAUGCGGGUCAGCUCUGCAUCAGCCAGAACUACAUUCUAGUCGACAAAGAUGUUGUGCCUUCCCUUAUUGAAGAACUGAAGAUUGCUAUGAAGGAAUUCUUCCCUGACGGUGCCAAGAAGAGCAAAGAUUUCUCACGCAUCAUCAACACUGCUGCCUUCAAUCGCAUCAAGAAGAUGGUGGACAACACCUCCGGCAAGAUAGUCAUCGGUGGGACGAUGGAUGCCGAAGAACUAUUUAUUGAGCCAACUGUGGUGCUAGUGGACGAUCCCAAAGACUCUCUCAUCGUAGAAGAGUCCUUCGGGCCUCUCAUCCCUGUACUGCCCGUGGACAACUUGGACCAAGCCCUCCAGAUUGCCAAUGAGACCCAUGAGACGCCGCUGGCUGUUUACGCAUUUGGGUCGAAGGAAGAGACCAAGAAAAUCCUGGAUGGGACUCGCUCGGGUGGUGCCAGCAUCAACGACGCACUAUUUCAUGGUAUCGUUCCCAACCUAGCGUUUGGCGGUGUAGGCGAUUCUGGUACUGGAGCAUACCGUGGCAAGGCCUCGUUUGACUGCUUUACACAUCAACGAUCGAUCACCAGUACACCAGGCUGGAUGGAGAAAUUGCUAGCGGUGAGAUACCCGCCUUUCUAUGGCACGGAUAAGCUGAAGCAAUUCAACAAAAUGGGCCUUAUAGCCCCCGACUUUGACCGGAACGCCAACAAGAAGGUCGGCUGGCUCUGGUGGCUACUUACAUUGGGUACCGCCAGCGCAUCGAAAGGUGUGUCUAGGGCUGCAUUAGUAGCCGGUCUCUAUGUUGCAAUUACCAUGCUGAUGCAGCGUAGGGCAUUGAGGACUGCUCUGGCAUGA